AUGGCUUGGUUUCUCAGCCUUCUCUUUCUCUUCUUCAUCUCUUCAGCUAAUGCUUGUGAUCGUUGUGUUUUUCAAUCUAAAGCUAGCCACCUUUAUGAUUCACCUACUACAUAUGGGGGAGCAUGUGGUUAUGGCAACUUGGCAUUAGAGUUCUCUAAUGGCUUUUAUGCUGCUGCUGUGCCUUCCCUUUAUAAACAAGGAGCUGGUUGUGGUGCUUGCUAUCAAGUAAGGUGCAAAAAUAGAAGAAUGUGCAACACAGUUGGAACUAAAGUGGUGUUGACAGAUCAAAAUAAUGAUAAUGUAACUGAUCUUGUUCUUAGUAAAAGGGCUUUCUUUACCAUGGCUCUCAAUGGCAAGGGUGCAGACCUAUUGAAUCUUGGAGUUAUUGAUGUUGAAUACAAGAGGGUGCCUUGUGAGUACAAAUACAAGAACUUGGUAGUGCGAGUGGAAGAAUCAAGCUACAACCCAUUCUACCUAGCAAUAAAAUUCUUGUACCAAGGAGGCCAAACAGACAUAGUAGCUGUGGACAUAGCUCAAGUGGGCACCUCUGAUUGGAGCCACAUGAAGAGAAACUAUGGAGCUGUAUGGGACACCAACAACAUACCAGAAGGAGCACUUCAGUUAAGGAUGGUGGUGACUUCAGGAUACGAUGGGAAGUGGGUUUGGGCAAAAUCUGUGCUUCCUGCUGAUUGGAAAAGUGGAGCCAUUUAUGACACUGGAGUUCAAAUCACUGAUAUUGCCAAAGAGAGUUGCCCUCCAUGGCAAUGUGGUGAUGGGCAAUGGAAAUGA